AUCACGCGUAUUAGAACGUCAAUUUACUGACGGUCACCAAGGACUCGGGGAUGUCUGUCAUAGGUCGGCCUCCGAAUGUAGAUCGGCGGGAAUCUGGUACUCACAAAAUCGAUCUACAAAUCAUCAACCUGAU